AUGAAGGUAUCGGCUUGCUUCAUCGUUGUAUUGCUUAUUCUGUCAUGUUCAUCAUCAAUGAUAAUGGGAUUUAACAACGGUGAGGAUCAUUGCUAUGACUGGUCAGAUUGUGCCGUAUAUUGCAAACGAUAUGUUCCUCAACCAAAUUGUAUUAACCACCAUUGCGAUUGUAGACCUCCUGUUUCGACCGAUGACGACCUUCACGCAUCGGCUACUUCUUCCAAUUUUAAUAAGAAUUGA